GCCGAGCGCACGCGCCCACCUCUUUUUAUGUCCGGUAGUCAUUUAGAGAAACGCGAAUUCCACCCACAAUCAGCUCUUAUAAAACCAUCUCACGCGUUCUCGUCUUCCAUUUGAGACACUGUUGGACUUCGCCACGCAGACACAUCAACUGAGCCAGAAUGCCUCACGCUUACCCUUUCUUGACUCCUGAGCAGAAGAAGGAGCUCAGUGACAUUGCUCAGAGGAUUGUUGCUCCCGGCAAGGGCAUCCUCGCUGCGGACGAGUCCACAGGCAGCGUUGCUAAGCGCUUCCAGAGCAUCAAUGCGGAGAACACCGAGGAGAACAGGAGGCUGUACAGACAGCUGCUGUUCACCGCCGACGAACGCGUCAAGCCAUGCAUCGGCGGCGUCAUCUUCUUCCACGAGACCCUCUACCAGAAGACCGACGACGGCAAGCUCUUCCCCCAGUUGAUCAAGGAGAAGGGCUAUGUGGUCGGAAUUAAGGUCGACAAGGGUGUGGUUCCCCUGGCCGGCACCAACGGCGAGACCACCACCCAGGGUCUGGACGGUCUGUACGAGCGUUGCGCUCAGUACAAGAAGGAUGGCGCUGACUUUGCCAAGUGGCGCUGCGUGCUGAAGAUCACCCCAACCACCCCCUCCCGUCUGGCCAUCAUCGAGAACGCCAACGUCCUGGCCAGAUACGCCAGCAUCUGCCAGAUGCACGGCAUUGUGCCCAUCGUGGAGCCCGAGAUCCUGCCUGACGGCGACCAUGACCUGAAGCGCUGCCAGUACGUGACCGAGAAGGUCCUGGCUGCUAUGUACAAGGCUCUGUCCGACCACCACGUCUACCUGGAGGGCACCCUGCUGAAGCCCAACAUGGUCACCGCCGGGCACUCCUGCUCCCACAAGUACACUGCCCAGGAGAUCGCCAUGGCCACCGUCACCGCCCUGCGCCGAACAGUGCCCCCUGCAGUGCCCGGGGUCACCUUCCUGUCUGGAGGCCAGAGUGAGGAGGAGGCCAGCAUCAACCUGAAUGCCAUCAACCAGUGUCCCCUGCACAGGCCCUGGGCCCUGACCUUCUCCUACGGUCGUGCCCUGCAGGCUUCCGCUCUGAAGGCCUGGGGAGGCAAGAAGGAGAACGGCAAGGCCUGCCAGGAGGAGUACAUCAAGAGAGCCUUGAACAACAGCCAGGCUUCCCUUGGAAAAUUUGUGACCAGCGGAGAGAAAGGCGCGGCCGCAGGAGAGUCCCUCUACGUGGCCAACCACGCCUACUAGACCCCCCCCCACCACUAACGCACCGUCCCGAGGAAGUGGAACCACCCAGGGCUCCCGCAACACCCCCUCUCAAACUCCUCCCACCUCCCCAUUCUGUGCUAGUGAUGCCAUUUUGAUGUCUAGUGAGGGAGAGAGAAGCACAUGACACAAACAUCGGCGUUUGCUUUUCCGACCUUCGCGCCGGAAAGGGAGAAGAUCUAGAAUUAAUCCGCCCCCAUUCCUGCCUCUGCCCCGCCCGCGGGCUCCGAGCCCCUAUCGGGUGUGCGGGGAUUCCAUUUCCUUUGUGAUGUAAUUACAUGAUUCCACACCACGAGCCUAUGACAGCUAAGGCAGGAAGAUAUUGAGCAUAUUGUAAACACUGGAAAUAGAGAAAUAAAUUAUCUUAUCCACCGUU